CCCGGCCCGCUCCCGCUGCGACCGCCAUGUGGUGCCUGCACUGCAACUCGGAGAGGACCCAGUCCCUUCUGGAGCUGGAGCUUGACAGCGGCGUCGAGGGCGAGGCCCCCAGCAGCGAGACUGGCACAUCCUUGGACAGCCCCUCGGCCUACCCCCAGGGCCCCUUAGUGCCUGGUUCCAGCCUGAGCCCAGAUCACUACGAGCACACGUCAGUGGGAGCCUAUGGGCUGUAUUCGGGGCCGCCGGGGCAACAGCAGCGCACACGGAGGCCCAAGCUGCAGCACUCGACCUCCAUCCUGCGCAAGCAGGCCGAGGAGGAGGCCAUCAAGCGCUCACGCUCACUCUCUGAGAGCUAUGAGCUCUCCUCGGACCUGCAGGACAAGCAGGUGGAGAUGCUAGAACGAAAGUAUGGGGGGCGCCUGGUAACCCGCCAUGCGGCCCGCACCAUCCAGACGGCGUUUCGCCAGUACCAGAUGAACAAGAACUUCGAGCGCUUGCGCAGCUCCAUGUCAGAGAACCGCAUGUCGCGCCGGAUCGUGCUGUCCAACAUGAGGAUGCAGUUCUCCUUUGAGGGGCCUGAGAAAGUGCACAGCUCCUACUUCGAGGGGAAGCAGGUCUCAGUGACUAACGACGGCUCCCAGCUGGGAGCUCUGGUGCCCCCUGAGUGUGGUGACCUCAGCGAGCCAACUACCCUCAAGUCUCCGGCCCCCUCUAGCGACUUUGCGGACGCCAUCACUGAGCUGGAGGACGCCUUCUCUAGGCAAGUGAAAUCACUGGCCGAGUCCAUCGACGAUGCCCUCAACUGCCGCAGCCUGCACACUGAGGAGGCACCGGCCCUGGAUGUGGCGCGGGCCCGGGACACUGAGCCCCAGACAGCCCUGCACAGCAUGGACCAUCGCAAACUGGACGAGAUGACGGCCUCGUACAGCGAUGUCACCCUGUACAUUGAUGAGGAGGAGCUGUCUCCCCCUCUGCCCCUCUCGCAGGCAGGGGACCGGCCGUCCAGCACUGAGUCGGACCUGCGGCUGCGGGCUGGGGGCGCAGCCCCAGACUACUGGGCCCUGGCCCACAAAGAGGACAAGGCCGACACGGACACGAGCUGCCGGAGCACACCAUCGCUGGAGCGGCAGGAGCAGCGGCUGCGCGUGGAGCAUCUCCCGCUGCUCACCAUCGAGCCACCCAGCGACAGCUCCGUGGACCUCAGUGACCGCUCGGAGCGGGGCUCGCUCAAAAGGCAGAGCGCCUAUGAGCGCAGCCUCGGUGGGCAGCAGAGCAGCCCCAAGCAUGGUCCCCACAGCGGCCCCCCGAAAAGCCUCCCCCGGGAGGAGCCUGAGUUGCGGCCCCGGCCCCCCAGGCCCCUAGACAGCCACUUGGCCAUCAAUGGCUCGGCCAACCGGCAGAGCAAGUCUGAGUCGGACUACUCAGACGGCGACAAUGACAGCAUCAACAGCACAUCCAACUCCAACGACACCAUCAACUGCAGCUCCGAGUCAUCGUCCCGUGACAGCCUGCGGGAGCAGACGCUCAGCAAGCAGACCUACCACAAGGAGGCCCGCAACAGCUGGGACUCGCCCGCCUUUAGCAACGAUGUCAUCCGCAAGAGGCACUACCGCAUCGGCCUGAACCUCUUCAACAAGAAGCCUGAGAAGGGAGUCCAGUACCUCAUCGAGCGUGGCUUUGUGCCCGACACGCCCGUCGGGGUGGCCCACUUCCUGCUGCAGCGCAAGGGCCUCAGCCGGCAGAUGAUCGGCGAGUUCCUGGGCAACCGGCAGAAGCAGUUCAACCGCGACGUGCUCGACUGCGUGGUGGAUGAGAUGGACUUCUCUACCAUGGAGCUGGACGAGGCCCUCAGGAAAUUCCAGGCGCACAUCCGUGUCCAAGGGGAGGCUCAGAAAGUGGAGCGGCUCAUCGAGGCGUUCAGCCAGCGCUACUGCAUCUGCAACCCCGGGGUGGUGCGGCAGUUCCGGAACCCAGACACCAUUUUCAUCCUGGCCUUCGCCAUCAUCCUGCUGAACACCGACAUGUACAGCCCCAAUGUCAAGCCCGAGCGGAAAAUGAAGCUGGAGGACUUCAUCAAGAACCUCCGAGGUGUGGACGAUGGUGAGGACAUUCCCCGGGAGAUGCUGAUCGGGAUCUAUGAACGGAUCCGUAAGCGAGAGCUGAAGACCAAUGAGGACCAUGUAUCCCAGGUGCAGAAGGUGGAGAAGCUCAUUGUGGGGAAGAAGCCGAUCGGAUCCCUGCAUCCCGGGCUCGGCUGUGUGCUCUCUCUGCCCCACCGUCGGUUGGUCUGCUACUGCCGGCUCUUUGAGGUUCCAGACCCAAACAAGCCCCAGAAACUCGGACUACACCAGCGAGAAAUCUUCCUGUUCAACGACCUCCUGGUGGUCACCAAGAUCUUCCAGAAGAAGAAGAACUCGGUGACGUACAGCUUCCGACAGUCCUUCUCCUUGUACGGCAUGCAGGUCCUGCUCUUCGAGAACCAGUACUACCCCAAUGGCAUCCGGCUCACUUCAUCUGUCCCCGGAGCAGACAUCAAAGUGUUAAUAAACUUCAACGCCCCCAACCCUCAAGACCGGAAGAAAUUCACUGAUGACCUGCGGGAGUCCAUUGCGGAAGUCCAAGAGAUGGAGAAGCACAGGAUAGAGUCGGAGCUUGAGAAGCAGAAAGGCGUUGUGCGGCCCAGCAUGUCCCAGUGCUCCAGCCUCAAAAAGGAGUCGGGCAAUGGAACUCUGAGCCGGGCCUGCCUGGACGACAGCUACGCCAGCGGCGAGGGCCUCAAGCGCAGUGCCCUCAGCAGCUCCCUGCGGGACCUCUCGGAAGCUGGGAAGCGAGGGCGUCGCAGCAGUGCGGGAUCGCUAGAGAGCAAUGUGGAAUUUCAGCCUUUCGAGCCACUGCAGCCGUCAGUGCUGUGCUCCUAAGCCAUGGGACCCGAGGACUGCCCCCCGGCGCCUGUCCAGGCGGAGGCCCUUUCAGAAAGGGCGAAGCUCACGCCUGACUCUGCGGGCCGUGGGGCCGCGUGCUCGGUGGACAGCGUGGUGAGCCGUGGCCGGACGGCAGGAGGAGAGGGGAGCCCCCUCUGGCUGUGUGUCACCUUGGCUGGCUGGCUGGCCAGGGUUUUGCUGAUUUCCCUCCUCACAUCCCUCCCCUCGCUCAUAUCAUUGAGAUCACCGUACCAGCAAAUCUGCAAACCAAGCACUUUGUUAAUCUCCACAGAGAGCAAAUACAGCAAUCUAGAGUUUAGCCUUUUUAAAAUUGUGUGACUUUAACCUGCCCACCUGUGUCCUCCCAUCGGUGUGGCAUUUCUUUCUUUGGUGUCUGCUCAGAAAGAAACAGCAUGGGAGCAUGUGAUUGGGUCCAGGCUAGGCUGUGGGGGAAGCGCCCUGGUGUCCCCAACUCCUCAAUUCUUGGGUCUUUUUUAAAAGCCAGGCUCCCUAAAGCACUCUUUGUCUCGCAGUUUUGAGGAGGUUGUUCUGACCUGGAAGCGUUAAACUGCUGCAUGUCAUCCGGUGUCAGCUGUGAGGCCGCGCUCUGCGGAUUGUACAUUUGCAAAAUGUAUUGGUGUGACCGUAGACACAUCGUUGAAGCAAAGCGAUCACAUAUUGAGUAUGUCAGCUUUUCUCGCCCUCUUCUGUGCCGAGGGGACAGUCUCACUGUAACCUUUAGGUUGUUCCAGAAAAGAUUCAGGCCAUUUGGCAUAGAACUGCUCUUUCUGAAGGGCAGCACUAAUGAAUAGCAACAGACAGUAAACCCUAGGAGGGGCUUUCCAGAAACUCUCCGUCUCCAUCGCCAUCCUGCAAGCUCCACAGCCUCGGGCUGCCAGCCUCUGGCGCUGUCCUCGGUGUGUCCUGGAGCUGUGCUGGGCAGCAGGCCUGGGCCUUGCAUAAGGAGCUGCUGGAGCCCACUGAGCCCCUCCUGGGGUUUCCAGCCACACUGUGUGCUCCUUCAGGCCAGUGAGGUUUCAUCCUAUUUUAUUUGCAAGCUUAUCAAAAGUUUGUGGAAGAUGCAUUGUUGGAUUCCGGAGGCUGGAGUCAUUCUGCCCACAUCUUGUUUGGGAAGCGAAAGCUCCCAGUGAGCUGGUGUCCCCAUGUGUCUUUCAUGGGACUGUCCCCUCUCGAUCCCCACCUGUUACUGCCAUAGCUUCGGGGUCCUGUCAUCACGUCCCACGGGAGGGGAGGCAGAAGGAGGCCGAGGGCCCCAGGAUGUCUGCCUGGUCCCUUCUCACUGUGAGGACACCCUCGGCACACCUUUCUCAAGUCACACAAACUAUUGUAGUUACAUACAGAAUUGCUGACAGGAGCAGGAGACGCUGAGGGAAACAGCUGGCAAUGUGACAAAAGUCUUUCCUGGGACAACAAUCAAAUCAUGUAUUUGUAUUUUUUUAAGUUUACCAAUGAAUUGUACAACAAUGUAAAAAUAAAGUUCAUCCUAAUAUGAUGUGCACAUCUUGCUUAAAAACGUCUUCAGCAUCCAGUGCAGAGUGAUGUUUCCCUCACACACUGCAUGCGGCACGAGCCUCUUGUUUUUCUUAACAAUGAGCUGAAAAGACAGCAGAUGUUCACAGCUGAUGCUGGGCGUUGACUCAGCUCCACGGGAAGCUCUGUGCCCGCAGGUAAGCACGCACAGUCUUAGUUCUCCUUGUAAAAUAUCAUCACCCUUCCUGCCUGAGAAACGAGUGCAUUUGUAUUUUAUAUAACAACAAUAGUCAAGGCAGCAUUGCAACACUGAGCAGGGUGAGGUGGGGGUGCUGAGCACAGGACAAGUGGGAGGAGGCCUGCCCUCCAGUCAGACGCAUCCACGUCGCCCUUCUGUGUGCAGUCACGUUGAGACUGCACACAGCAUGCGUCUCCUCUUGGGAGAUAACUUUUGCCUCUGAGUUGUUUUAAGCAAUUAGAAUCAGGUUCUGAAUCCCCAGACUGUUCAGAGACUUCAAGGGACACCUCCCUCACAAGAAACCUGGCACCCCCACUGUGUACCUGUGGGAGGGAAGGAGUGCGUUUGUGUUCAUCUGCAUUCUGUUUGUCAGUGGUAACAGACUCUAUCAAUGUAAAACCAUGGUUGUGAUCAUGUGGGGAAAUCAAAUAAAUCCUUUGAAACUC